AUUUAUAACAAAAUGUAAUAUCAUUUUUUUGUAUUAUGAGAUAAUACAAGUUUAAAAGUACUGUUUCGAUAUAACAUUUUCUCACUUUUAUCAAGUAUAUGUGAUAAUUUUGUGUUGUUUUUGUUUAUACAUGCAUUUUUUAUUUAUGUUUGGAUUUACUUUAAAUAGAGUAUAUAACGAUAGUGGAAUAUCUAUUAAGCUGAAGAGUAUUAUUUAAAGAUUAUUUAUUGACAAAGUAUGCCUAAUUACAAGGAUGGAAUAUCUUAUGAAGUAAAAUGUAGAGCACAAAAUGAAAUAUAUGGUGAAUAUAAUAAUACAAAAUUGCAAUUUGGAGAAAAAAUGGAAGAAUCUCUUUGUAAUUCACAAAAUUUUUGCUUAAAGUUAUCACAAGAUUCUACUAUAUCUAACUAUACUAAAUCUCAAGAAAUAAAUGAUGAUGAAGAUAUAGUAAUAAUAAGUGAUUCUAGUUUUGAAUCAACUUGUUCUGUUACUAAAAAGACUAAAUCAAAGUCAACACCAAAUAAAGAUCUUAUAACUUAUGUUAUGGAUUCUUCAGAUUCUGAUUCUACAAAGAUUACAGAAAAAAAGUACUUUCAAACAUGGAAGGCAAAUGAAAAAUCCCAAUUUGGUAGUAACUAUCAAGGAAAAAAAGAUAAUAUAAAAAAAGAUAAAAUAUUAUACACAUCUGAUGAAUCUUCAUGCAGUAGUAUUGAAUAUAUCAAAGAAGAUAUAAUAUCUUCUAGUAAAACUAAUAGUACUUAUGUAAGUUUUACUACAGACAACGUUAAAAGCACACCAGAUACAAAUGUUCAAUCUCAUAGUAAUAUUGUUGAUACUAAUAAUUCUAAGAAUUUCAAUAGUAAUAUUCAAUCAUGUAAAACUGCAUCUCCUAUGAAUAAAAAUGAUAUUGAUUUUAAGAAAAAGCUUUCACGAAAAGAUACUAAAAAUAUUAUAAAAAAUAUAAGAUCUACACGAAUAAUAUAUGAAUCACCAAAAGAAAGAAAUACUGCAUUUGAUAAAGAAAUAGAUGAUAUGAUCAUACAUCCAGCUAUUUCACCUAAAAAUGAUUUAGAAGUAAAUAAUGAAAGUGCAAUAGAUUCUGAGAAUGAUAUUAUUAGAGGUUCUCAAAUGAAUCUGGCAAAUCCUUAUAAAACUCAUGUUAGUAAAUUUUUGAGCACAACUCAUAUAGAAAAAGAUAGAGGAGCAGCAUAUGUUGAAUUAUCAGAGAGAAAGAGGCAACAGAUUUCAAAAUGGCUUAUGGCUAAUUCGCCUGAUUCUCAAAGUGAUAGUUCAUCUAAUAUUGUGCCUCUUACUAAUAAAAAUGAUAUAAGCUCUGGGAAUAGUAGUCUAGAAAGAUUAGAGAUGAAUUAUGAAACUCCAAAUAAUAGGGGAAGAAUACAUCAGUUAAAAGAAAGUAAAACUACAACUCCAAAUUAUAAUCCAUCUCACUCUACUGUACCACAUAAGACUAUAAUAAAUGAAUUUGCUCAAAGAACAAAAAAUAAUGUUUUUGAGCGCUCAAAAAAGAGUCAUACUAAUAAUGUGUCAAUUCCAAUGGAUUCUAUAAUGAAUAAACCACAAAAUGUAGAUAUCAUGGAGUGUGUAAAUAUAUUAGAUGAAUUAUAUGGUAAAUCUUGGCGUGAUAAAGCUAAUGAAUUAUUUUCAAAAUCUGAACCUCGUAAACAAGUUAUUAAAACAAAAAAUAGAGCAGUCCAGACUGAUAGAAAGAUUAUAAAUAAAGAAAGAGUAUAUAUAUCGGAUUCAGAUGAUGAUUCGGAUACAUAUCUAACAUUACAUCCGCCAAUAAAGAGAAAUGUGCGAAAAAAUAUGAAACAGAGAGAUAGUUUAAUUAAUGAUCAAACAUCAUCAGAAAGUGAACAUGAAAGUUUGUAUUAUACUGCAUUGACGAAUCCAAGAGUAUCAACAAAUAGUACACAAUCAAAACCAGCAGUUCUAGGAGUUGUACAACGAAUUCGUACAAUAUGUGAUACAGAUAGUGAAUGUGAAGGUGAUAUGCAUAGAAAUAAUCAAAUAUUCAACAUAAGAGGAAGAAUGUUGUCAUUUAGUGAUGAUGAAAGUGAAGAUUCAAAUACUAGUGAAUUUGAUCCUGGUGAUGAUGUACUACCAAAACCUACAAUUAAGAAAGCUUCUAUUAAAACUACAAAGCAAGUACCCAAAUCAAACAUUCAAAGUAAAUUAAUUGCCAACAAUUUGAAACAUGAAAAAUAUAUCAGUUUUUUGGCAUCUUUAUCUCAAAAAGUUCCUCUUACUGAUGUACAUCCAGAUGCUAAGAAAUAUAGAUUACAUUUUAAAAAUAAUAAAGAAAAUCUGUGCAAUUAUCUGUACAAACUAUAUAAUGAAAAGGUAUUUGAUAAUAAAUUACCAGAAGACAUGUCAGUAGAAUGGAAUAUCCGUAUGAGGGGAACUGCUGGUUUUUGUUACAACAAGAAAUCGGUGAAAACGCUUGGUGGUAUUGUAAGAUCUUCACGAAUAGUUCUGGCAACGAAGAUUUUAGAUACUCCAGACAGACUUAGAGAUACUUUAAUUCAUGAAAUGUGUCAUGCAGCUGCAUGGUUAAUAAAUGGGGUUUCUGAUGGACAUGGUCCAUUGUGGACAAAAUGGGCCAAUAAAGCUAUGGAAACAUUUCCUGAAUUACCACCAAUAAGAAGAUGUCAUGAUUACAAAAUUAAAACGAAAUUUACAUAUAAAUGCGUAGACUGUGGAUACAGCAUUGGUAGACAUUCCAAAUCUUUGGAUAUUGAAAGAAAACGAUGUGGCCUUUGCUAUGGAAAAUUCGAAUUAUUAUUAAACAAGACAACAAAGACUGGAAUCGUACAAAUACAAACCCCGAAGAGAGAGCCUUCGGCAUUUGCGCUUUAUGUAAAAGAAAAUUAUAAUAGUGUGAAAAAAGAACGUAAUAUAAAGCAUGCUGAAGUGAUGAAAAUAUUAGGUCAGCAAUUUUCAGCAAUUAAAAUUGCGAAGAAACAAGACAAUUUAGAAAAUAAUUCAAAUGCUGAUAGUUAAAUAAGCGAUGCCUUUUGAAUACUAUGAUCAUUUGAAUACGAUGUGUUUUAGAUAAGUUAACUAUUCUUAUUUUAUAAGAACAUUUUAUAAUUGACAUAACUGAACUGAUUUUAACAUUGCAGGCAUUAAAAUAUAAAUUAUGAAAUA